UGACUCUGUUUCUCUGCGGCUUUGCUCUCUAACGCUUCCCUUUCUCCACAGGAACAUCUUCCCUUCCAACCUGGUGUCUGCGACAUUCCGCUCAUACGCCACGCGCUACAGGGAGCUGAAGAGGAAGAACAUCACCAAUGAGUCAGGAGUCAUCAAUGAAACCCUCACAGAGAAGGUUCCCUGGGGAGAUGAGGUGGAAGGGAUGAACAUCCUGGGGUUGGUGGUUUUUGCCAUCGUCUUUGGUAUCGCUCUGCGGAAACUCGGGCCCGAGGGGGAGAACCUGAUAAAGUUCUUCAACUCCUUCAACGAAGCCACCAUGGUGCUGGUCUCCUGGAUCAUGUGGUACGCUCCCCUUGGUAUCAUGUUCCUGGUGGCUGGCAAGAUCGUGGAGAUGGAGGAUGUGGUGGUUCUCUUCACCAGCCUGGGCAAGUACAUCUGUUGCUGUAUCUUGGGGCAUUUCAUCCACGGAUUCAUCUUCCUCCCGGCUAUCUACUUCGUCUUCACCCGCAGGAACCCCUACAGGUUCCUCUGGGGCAUCUUCACAGCGCUGGCCACUGCCUUCGGCACCUCUUCCAGCUCCGCCACGUUGCCUCUGAUGAUGAAAUGCGUCGAGGAGAACAACGGCGUCUCCAAGCACAUCAGCCGCUUCAUCCUACCCAUCGGGGCCACAGUCAACAUGGACGGGGCCGCCCUCUUCCAGUGCGUGGCGGCCGUCUUCAUCGCCCAGCUGAACAACAUCCCGCUCAACUUCAUCCAGGUCAUCACCAUCCUUGUCACCGCGACCGCCUCCAGCGUGGGAGCUGCGGGGAUCCCGGCCGGCGGCGUCCUCACUCUCGCCAUCAUCCUGGAAGCUGUUGGGCUGCCGACCAAUGACAUCUCCCUCAUCCUGGCUGUGGAUUGGCUUGUAGACCGCACCUGCACCGUCCUCAACGUGGAAGGAGACGCCUUCGGAGCCGGCCUCCUGCAGGUGUACACGGAGAAGACGAUGGGGAAGGCUGAUGGUGAGGAGCUGAUGGAGAUCAAGACAGACGCCCCGGGCCCUGGCAAGGCCGUGGGCGAGGAGGAGGGGUCCCCACUGAUCAAGAGAGACAGCCCCCUGCCAGCUGUUGGCUCCUUCGAGAAGGAGUCUGUGAUGUGAUCGGAGCCUGAGUUAUUCUGGUCGGAGACUUUCGGGUUUUUAGGAUUCUUUUUUAAAGACUUGACCUUCGGGACACAGUGCAUCUUCUGCUGUUUUUAAGCCUUGAACGUCUUGGGCAGAGGAGUGCGGGGGGUAGGGGGGGCUGAUUGGCUCCAGACCCCCUCUAGUGUGAUCCCCGCAUCUGACUCCUGUUCCAGGGCAAGGGUCAGGCUGUGCUCUCAGCCCCACCUUACUCCUUUUACACAUGGAUCCUAUUCUCUGACUUAGGGGCUAAUUCAGUCGCUCGCUGCCUCCGAGCCUCCCUUGUCUGCCCUCCCUCCCUUCCCGUAAAACUUUCUGGACCAAACAAGCAACAGCACUGACUUCUCUGCCUUACAUGUGCCAAAGCAACUGGUGUUUCCUGAACCACCGGUAACUCUACUUUGCUUGUGCGUGCGGAGGCCGGCUGGCUCCUGGGUCCUUCUGCCCUCUCCUUGCUUGAAACACUUGCUGCUCUAGCCCAGCAGAUGAGAUUGUCCCCCCCCACCCUCCCUUCCACGUGGCUGACUCAGCGGUGGCCUGCUGGGCAGCAGUUGCAGGAUGGUGAUGGAGCAGCUUGUACCUUUGUCUGUGUGGUCCAGUCCUGUCGCCCCAGGCCCGGAGGAGCCGGUGGAGUCGUGUCUGUCCCGUGCUCUUUUGGUGUCCCGAGUGCCAGCGACUCCGGCCGGGCUGACGUAAUUUAUUUUGCUAUUUAAAUGAUGCGCGUGAGUUAGUCUCCAGACCAGCCUUGGGGGGGAGCCCUCAAACAGCACCAGAGAGCUGGGGGCAGCCCAUGGCGAUGGGACAACUCCAAGCCCUGCUACUGGGGCAGGAUGCUCCCACCCAGGGUUACAGCUCCAUGCGGACGUGUCAGCCCUCUGGGUUUCUGGCUGUGCUUCCUCUGGCACGUCUCCCUCCUUCGCUGUUCCCCUGCCAGCUGGGGCCUGCUGCUCUUGCCCGGGCCGUGACCAGCUCUCUGGGGGCAACAGCCUGACUGGGGCCUGUCGGGCCUGGCCAUGGCUAAGCUGCUACCUCUGUCCAGCAGGCUGGCUUGUGUGGAUCUCUGCUGUAUCCACGAUGGGGGCAGGCAGGGAUGUUAGCAGGCCCUGCUGAGGGUGUUUGCUGCACUGGCCAGCUCGGGCAGGACACAUCCUAGGUACGAGCCCCUGCCCUACUGAGCUAGUGUCCCUGGCUGCUUCCCCCUCGGCAGGGGUGAGUGUCUGUUACUCAAGUUCUUGUAAUGUUGGUUUUACUUGAGCUGCUGGAGGACCUUGGUCUGCGCCCAAGGGUCCCUCCGCUGGGGCUGGGGGAGCCUCUGUAGCUGGGAGAGGAGAUGCUAGAGCUGCCUGUUGUCUUGUCGUCCCUCCCACCAGGCUGCAGUUCUCUGCUAACCCUAGGCUGGGGCUGAGCCCAUCUCUGCUUCUGGCCUGGCCUGGAGCUGCUGCCUCCUUUCUCUCAAGAAAUCUGAGCUACCUGGAGAGGGGAGGUGUCAUGCUCUCCUCCCCCGCCCUUGCCGUCCUGCCACCAGGCCACCUGCUGAGGCUUAGCUCCUCUCCUUAAGUCAUCCCCUCUAGUCCCGUCUAAGUGAGAACAGCCUCCAGUCGCUCCCGGCUGGGGGGCUCCUUUAAGGCUGCUGGAGACACUGGCACCAAGUUGGCGCUUUAGGGCGCUAAGUGGCCUUGCGCUGGGUUUUCCUCUGGUUGCGGCCUCCAUAGCAACCUGCUGCUACCGGGCAGGCUCGUCACUACACCUGAGGGAAGAAACUGGAGCCGUGGGCAACAUGCCACAACUGCAAAGAACCAGAGCUGCUGAGACAAUAAAACCAGACUGAACGUG